UCUCAAGCUACGAGAGUUGGCCGAAGGUUGGCCCUGCUAUCGGGAUGCCUGUGAGUGGCAAAAUUUCGAAUCCAUCUUUUUUCCAGAUGCGCACGUCUAUACCACAUGGUCAGGCCGUGUGGGCUACAAGGACUUCAUCGCUGCCUCAAAAGCCGGCAUGGACAAAGGUGCAUUCAUCAUGCACCGCUGCCACGGAUGUACCACCGACAUUGACCCGAGCGGUGCUCGCGCCGUUACAAAACUCAAGGCUACCAUAACUCAGCGCUUCGUACAUGAAGGGAUCGAGUUUGAUGUCGAAGCCGACUGUCGUUUCUGCUUCUUCUUCGAAAAAGAAAGCGACGUCUGGGGAGCACGACUAGUUCGUCACUGGUACGAGAAGGAUAAGAUCAUACCUGUCAAUCCAGCAUGCUAUCCAGAAGUAGAUGCAGAGAAAGCUCAGAAAUACCCCCCGGGAUAUAGGUAUCUUGCCUACUUUCAGGAGCUCACAAUGGGCGUGAAGGUCUUGGAUGACAUGCCGGGGCAUCGCCGACAUGAAGGGACGCAGAACUUAAUCAUGCAUGAUCACCUGUAUUGGCAAGCAAGACAAUGGCUGGAACAUGGUUUGCUGGAAGGCGGAGAUAGUACGGUAGCGUAGAUUACAGUCUGUGUGCAAGAUUUGGAUUUGCUAUUCUCUAUCGAACACCAGACACAGAAUCCGGUACUUUGCCAUACUUAACGUAUAUCGAAUGGUGAACGCCUGCA